AACUGACCUGAACAUCAAAUAUCAAGUGGUAAACUGAUAUUGGAUAGCAAUACAUCACCCCAAAGGCUUGUGUCAAACAGUCCCCUUCCAGCCAUGAAAUGCAUGGGCAAUAGCAUUGACAUUUACCACUGUUAUUCAUUUUUAUUGUUGAGGAUAAAACAACCAUAUUUUUUUAUGAACAGAAGUACAAAGGCUGCAAAUUAAGACACUGCCUUUUUUAUUAUUAUCCUGGUACCACCUUUAACUGGGCUUACUUCUGACAAGCACCAGUAUAACUAAACAGAAAAUCAAAGAAGUAGCUUGCAUGAACAAAUCACCUUCCCUAUUGCCCAUGAAUGAUCCUCUAAGCAGAGAUUCAGGCACCACAUAUAUUGAAUAAAUGAACAUUCAAUGCCAUCUGCUGGGGUAUACAAAAAUAUGCACUACCAAGCUCACAGAACGAGAGAGCGACAAAUGCAAAGAGGGUGUUCAGGCAGAAACUUGCUUCUUCCAAAACACAGCAAUAAGGGAGGGCUGUAGGAUGUUGGCUGUCCUUAAUGCCCUUCAGCCAUAGGGUAAAACCCCUGGAAAAGAAGUAGUUCUGGUUUUAACUCUCUCCUUAGCAUAAAAGUAUUUCAGUGCACAAUUAUCUCUUUUUUUCUAAGCGGUACAACAUGCUAUAAUUAUUUGUUAUUUGUUGGUCUUGAUAGGAGGACCAUCAUGUUCUACUUUGGAAAUCAGGCCACAAUGUAGCCAGAGAUGCAAGAUUUGUGAGUUUACAGGCAGCCUAAGAAAGGACUGAAACAGUCCAGAACAAGAGCAGAUACUGGGCAAGGUCAUAUCGUGGCUGUUUUGCAUUAAAGGGUCACUGGAUUCAAUGUGUAAAUCAGGUUAAGUGCAGAAGUUGGGAGUCUCUGUUCACCAGCUCUUUGGCCCUGUAGCUCAUGCUCUCCUGGCUAUACCAUGAGACAGCUUCACGGCAGACAAACACACCAAGAACAGUUUAUAGCCUGGCGGCUGGAGUGUGCUCAGAUUAGGGAUUUUCUUCUGCUGUGAAGAGAACAAAACACGUUUCUAUUCACAAAGGGAUUUGCAGACCAGGAGUCCCACAGCUCUCCAAGGUCUGCACCAAGAAGCAAAACUCAGGAGAGAGGAGUUCAAGCACAUCCUUCUUUGGGUGUUUUUGGUGGGCGGGCUUAGACAUGCUCAUGGUCUACAAUCCCAUUUCCACACAGCUACUUCCUCAUGCAUUGUAUAGGUCCACAAACUCAUGGUGGACCUGCUUCACAGCCUUUAUUUCAGUAUCUCUAAAAUACUGUAAAUGAAUGCUCUAAAAUCUGGGGCUGCCAGACUUUUAUUCCUUUAUAUAAGUUAUUAGCUACUGUAUAAUCUACUACAGAAUGGGACCUGCUGACAGAUUUUCUCCAUUUCAUACAGAAAAGAGAACUAUUCCUGCUAACACCUAUCACUCUAGCAAAUACUUGACAAUGAAGGGCAGGAGUGACUUACAGGUUUCCUCCAAGCUGUCAGAGGAGGAAGAAAAUGUGUAUGAGACUGUAAGUUCUUCAAUGCUGGAGGCCAUUCAUUCUUUGAGAAUCCUUCCUGCCAAACCUCUACAAGAAUCUGAAUAUGCAGAUAAACGUUGCCUAAGGCCUUCAAGUACCACUUCUCCAACGAACGAGAACCCAUCUCAACCCCUUCAAUACUCAGCUAUUUGCACAUUUGAUCCGGAGGGGACGACAGUGCCAAAUGUAAGAGGAGGAAGAAUGAAAAUACAUGGAUACCAGGAGCCUGCACCUCCCCCACGGCCUCUGAAGAUGCUGCCAAAGCAGUAUCAGCCCCUUCCUCCAGAGCCAAGAAUAAGCAGCCAGAUCUUUCACAAGAGGAACACACUCAGCCAAGAUCCCACCUUUCCAGUAUCAGCAAAAGUCACAAGACAUUCAUCUGUUAAGGAAUCAAAUAAUGCACCUGGAAGAGAGCAAGUUACAAGUCUGGGGAAGAAACCUGAAGUACCUUUUCAAGCACAACAGCAUCCUCCUGACGCCAGCCCUCAAUGUACACGGAGCUCUAAAAACAUUUGCAGAUCAGGUUCCACAUUAUGUGUAGAUAAGUUGAAGAAGACGCCACCUCCGACAUCAUAUGCAGCACGCAAAAAUAAACCAAAACAUUCGUUGGUAGAUCAGGAAAUGCAAUCUCUUACCCAACCCACUGAAAAGGAUUUAAAAAAAUAUGAAUGGUACGUUGGAGAAUACGAUCGCCAUAAAGCAGAGAAGAUACUGCUACAGAAAAACAUUGACGAGACAUUCUUGGUUAGAGAUUGCUCCAAGAAAUCGAAGGCCGAACCAUACGUUUUGGUUGUUUAUUACCGAAGAAGAGUAUACAACAUUAAAGUACGUUUUCUGGAAGACAGCCAACAAUACGCCCUGGGGACGGGGCUCAGAGGAGAGAGCAAAUUUAAUUCCGUGGAAGAGAUCAUUGACUUCUACAAAUCCGUUCCCAUAACACUCAUUGACGGGAAGGAUCAGUCAGGAAACCACAGAGAACAAUGCUACCUCACACAUCCAUUCAAGUCAUGCUGAUGUUUUCUGCCUUAUUGUCCCUGAUUCAUCUGUGUGGAUAUAAAUAGCACACACAUUAAAAAGUCCCAAGAAUCAGAUUCACCUUUUGAGCAAGGAGCUCCCCAUAAUACGAUGAAGCAUUCUACAGUCUACUCCAUUUUUUGAUUGUUGCAUUUUCACUUUGAGGAUACAAGAGUAUGUAUUAAUUCACAGGAAGGUGUUGAGACUGACUCCUGGUAUCUUGACGACUGAUCAAUUUGCUUACCGUGCACUCUACCCUCUAACUUAAGAUGAAAAUGAAACUCACCCUUGCUUACCUAAAUGUCACUGAAACUCCGCUAAGUAGCAAAACCUAAUAAAGUAUACCGCAGUCAUUAAACAAAUAUUCUUGACUUUAAAAAUACAAAUGAAAUACUGUGUGUCAGAGUUCUCACUGUCUAACAAUUUCAUGUGGUGUGCAUAUGUUUGCUCAACAACAAGCUGUGCUCAGCUGCCACCGAAGUUAGCGUCAGCUGAUGCUUAUAGGCAUUGGAGAUUUUAAAGCCAGCUGUAAUUAUGUAAAUUCUACUAUUCAAUGAGCAGUUAUUCUUUAGCUUUAAGUAGCAGAUACUUGUAUUCCAUACCUGAGCCUUCAAACACUUACGUAGCAGGACCAUUAUACAGUCACUUUGAAUUCAUACCAUGUGCAAAGGCAGAGAUAAAAAUCAUAAGUAGGAAGAGCAGAUGUACUUCUAAAUCAGCAAGAAAAUGUGCUCCAGUGUGUAUGAGCAAAGAAUAUGAGAAUGUGAUUAUUUUUCCAGAAAAAAAUACAGAAAUAUUUAUUCAUACAAUUUGAGUUUUGGAAGUCUAGCUAAAUUCUGUAUGUAUAUGAAGGUAAACUACAACUCCAUAUGUACAUGAAGGGGUUUUUCUGCACAGCACUGAUAAUCUUCCUAGCCACACUCAGAAGUUUGACUAGGUUAUUGUAAUAUAUCAAAAAAGGAACUUCAGUUACUUUAUCCUUAUAGAAUAGGAAUAAGAAGAACAAAACCACUCAAGCCCAAAACCACAACAUUCCAACCGAAUUUAUGACGUACUAUGUAGUGGCACAAACUAGCUCUAAAAAAAUUUAGCAGUUGAUUGUUAUUUUCUUGCGACCUUUUUAUUUCUCAAUGCUGCAUCAAAAGGGAAGAGAA